AUGACUCGACGCAAUCGGAGUCCGAUACCGGCGAAGACGCCAGUGGUGCAUUACAGUUUGCCGAUCGUCGACAAACCGCAAAAAGAGAGCUCGUCGUUUCGGAGCAUCUCGCCGAUGGUGCUCGCCGGCGAGCUUCGAAGCCCAACGCGUCGCCUUCGCCUCAUCCUCAUCGAUUGUCGCUAUCCGUUUGAGUACCUCGGCGGCCAUAUUUGCGGCGCCAUCAAUAUUUAUGAGGUGCACGAGUUGGAGCGCAAAUUUUUCGAGUUCGGCGCGGUUCGAAGCACACUCGAAGGCGUGAUACCGAUAUUCUAUUGCGAGUAUAGUCAAGUGAGAGGACCCGAAAUGGCGCGUUGCCUUCGAACCAUCGAUAUGCGCUAUCAUCAGCGGAAUUGGUCCCAACUGGAUUUCCCCGAGAUUUAUCUACUCGAUCGGGGCUACAAGAGAUUCUGGAUGGAUGAGUCGUUGAGGGACCUCUGCACGCCCCAUUCGUAUGUUUCGAUGAACACGAUGGCCUAUCGGCACAUCUUGCGUCAGUACACCCAGCAUCGACGGUCGAAGAGCGUGUGCGCUGGAAUGAAGGCGUCGAAGCGACGCCAACAGAUAUUCAGCGAUCAUUGCUUCCAUCAGCCAAGGAACGGAGCGAAGACGCCGAGGCGGACGCUGAAUUUUGCCGACGAUUAA